AUGGCCUUUUCUUAUGCUAUCAAGUGUCUAACUCUUUUAGUAGUUGCAUUACUAAUCACCAUCUCAUCGGCUGAUCAAGCCUUAAUCAAAUCCAUUUGUUCCAAAGCCCGCAACCAAGCUCUGUGUUACAACCUUUUCAAAAACUCAGGCAACUCUGAUCGUGGUGGCCUCGGCCAAAUCUCAACAAAUGUAGCUCUGGGGAAAGCACAAACAACGCAAAAUCUUGUCAAAUCUCUUGCGGCAAAAGAGACUGAUCCAAAGAUAAAAGCUCAAUACAAUACAUGCUUGGAGGUGUAUGGUGAUGCUUUGGACAACCUUAAUGACUGCAAGCCAGCUUUCGCUAAAAAUGACUUCAGUACAGCAAAUAUCAGGGCCUCGGCAGCUUAUACUGAUGUGGAUACUUGUUCAGAUGAUGGUAAAAAUGUAGCGCCGCAACUUAAAGCAGCAAAUCAAGAAAAUCAAGAUUAUAUUGACGUAGUUUUGGCAGUUUCCAACAUUCAUUAG